UUGUGUAAACAGAGUAGCCAACGUCUAGAAGUAAAACAUUUUUGGUGUUGUAAUAUUGGCACAUGUUCAUGCAUCGUCACACUCAUGCCGCUUAUGCCACUCAGAAGUACGGUACAUUGUUUUGUGUUAAACAGUGGGUCUGUUUGCGUUGCGACAAUAUAUAAAUUUAAAAUAAAAAUGCUACCGAAAAAUGAAGUGAUGCGGGAAGGAUGGCUGAAAAAAAUAGGAGGCUAUGUUUUACCACCAAAAGUUGAAUUUGCAAGGAUAUGCUCGGUUCAUUUUAGUCAAGAGUCCUUUCAUCAAGGUCGAGCACGGAAAGACCCUGUUAAGAAACGUCACCUACUACCAUCGGCUGUGCCAACGUUAUUUUUGAAUUGUUCAGAAGCUCCAAAUGUAAACAAGAAUGCGGUGGCUGAGUACAAAGAUUCCUUACCUGAUGAAGUUUUAUUGUGUCUGGUGAGAACACGUACGUACAUACGAAUAAAAGAAAAUGCCAAAAAAUCGUAUGUAAACAGAGAGAGAAGAAAGAAGGAGAAGAAAAUGAAGAAACUAGUGUCGUAA